AAAAGUUUUUUUUCGGAUGGAGUAUUCUCUCUAUACAAAUAAACAUAACCAAUUUCGGUCAAAUUAAAUACAUGUUUCAACUUAUGGAUAAACAACUGCAACUGUAAUAAGAUUUCAACUUUUACAGCAAUGUUCCUAUAACUUUUGAUCAUGUCACACUGGAAGCGAUUUGAAACUCAAUUAAUAUCCCUUCUAAGUCAGAGGAUGCUUGCAAUCAUUUACAAAAUGUAUAACAGGUAAAGCCUCUAAGAUGCAACCCAACGAAGCAUUAACCAAAAAAACAUAAGAACAGCAGCAGCAGUGUUUCUGUUUCUUGCAAACUUACAAUCUUUUGUUGUCUUUCGUUGCACAAUCAUGGACACUGUUAUUUACGCUUCAGGACAUAAACACUGAAAUGGCUUUAAUGAGGGCAUUACUUCCUCACCCUCUGGUUCUGAAAAUGAACUCUAGACCUAAUCCAAUUGAUUAUAUUAUUAUUUCCACUAGCUGAUUUUAUGAACUUAUUUCAAUUUUAUUUAUUUAAAACACUACGAUAGUCGGCACAAGUGAUUGAAAAUAAAUGCUAUAUUUGCGAAGGAAUGCAUAUUUACUAUGCACGUAAGCAUAGCAGAUACAUAGUCACUCCAGUUUAAAAAUUAAAGUUAACAGAUAACAGGAGGAAUUAAAGAUGAAUGAGAGAAAAUGCUGGGAGUUGUCAGCUAGUGAGAUCACAGAACCUCAUAAGUACAGCUAAAGAAUACGUACUCUCCAUAAGAACCUUUUUGACAUAAUUUGACCCGGAGUCAUGAUACAGUAGAAACACCGGGGUAAAAAUAUGGUCCGGAAAAAAAAAAAAUAUGAGUCAUGAACAAGGUUCCAGUUGUGGUAACACAGCUUUUUAGGUUUUGCUUUAUAGUCGCAACUUCCACACUGAACAGCGUUAUUACAUGGCAGAACGUCAGCGUGAUAAGUUUGAUUGGAUAAAGAGUGGAUUUUUUAAAACAUUUUCUGACUAGUCAGGUGGAGUCAAUUUUAAAAAUCAUAAAACUUCAUACCUCCGUUAUAUGAAUAUAUGGACACCGCCCCGCCCCCCCUCCCUCCACACACAUAUUAUCUUUCUCAAUCUUUCUUUCAUCCUCAAUUUCAUUGAAAAGUGUUCAAACAAUUUUAUCAACGUUUGGUCUUUCAAAAUGAAAGAUAAGUUGUGACAGAAAGGCCGAAACUUUGAGGUCACAUUUUGUGUUUCGUGAACUUUCCUUUCCUUUACCUUUGAGCAGAGAGAUGCAAUUAAAUUUGUAAACAGUAAUUAUUUUUAUUUUUUUUCACAAAAAAAUCAAAUGGUUUUUAUUUUUGCCCCCCUAUUUCUGACUAGGCUGUAUCUGUGAAAGCUGUAGAGAGAGAGAGAAAGAGAGAGAGAAAGAGAGAGAGAGAGAGAGAGGGGGGGGGGGGGGGGGGGGGAGAGAGGAGGUGCAUAAGCCGGUGGAGGUGGAAAUAUGCAGCAAUUCUGAACAAUCUCUCAAAGUGCGGGGACAGACGGGAGCUAAUAUAAACAGGCUGCCCUUCACUCGGGGCUAUCAGGGGGUAAGGAAUCAGCUACCUCUGUCACUGACCCCCUGCGCUUCAAAGCGGCAGCUCCGGCCCAUGUAGAGCGGCCAGCGGUCAUGGCCACGCUGGAGGGCUGUCGCUGUCGGAGUGCCAGCGCCCGAAACAACAGCAGCAUUCUCUACAGCAUUCUGAAGAGCGAUAGCCUUGUGACCACCGAGGAGCCACAACAACACCAACAGCAGCAUUCCCAACAUCAAACCCUGCAGCAUCUACUCCUCAAGGGCUCCUCCUCCUCCUGCUCUUCCUCUUCCUCCUCCGGGCCGGGCUCGCUGCAGGAGCUCCGGCAGCAGGCAUGCUCCUGCGGAUCCACACGCCGCCGGGGCGUGCUGAGCUCCCCGCAGGUGACGUGCAAAGCCGCGUCGGCGGUGCUGGUGAAGACGCUGCGCUUUGUGAAAAACGUCCCCUGCUUCCGCGAGUUGCCGGAGGACGACCAGCUGAUGCUGAUCCGGAGCGGCUGGGCUCCGCUGCUGGUGCUGGGGCUUGCGCAGGAUCGGGUGGACUUUGAGACGACGGAGACCGUGGAGCCCAGCAUGCUGCAGCGCAUCCUCACAGGUGUGCCGGACCGGCAGAGCGAGAUCCUGGCCGGUCAGACCAGGGUGGCAGUCGGGGUGUCCGUGGUGGACAUCGAGGCGAUCAAAGCCUUCCUGAAGAAGUGCUGGAGCGUGGAUAUCAGCACGAAGGAGUACGCGUAUCUCAAGGGAGCUGUGCUCUUUAAUCCAGAUCUGGAAGGUCUGCGCUGCCUCCACUACAUCCAGGCGCUGCGCCGGGAGGCGCACCAGGCUCUCAACGAGCACGUCCGGAUGAUCCACCGCGACGACUCGAUGCGCUUUGCCAAGCUGCUCAUCGCCCUGUCCAUGCUGCGGGCCAUCAGCCCGCUGGUGGUGGCACAGCUCUUCUUCAGACCCGUAAUCGGGGCGGUGAACAUCGAGGAGGUUCUCAUGGAGAUGUUCUACGGAAAGUAGGUCACAGAGCAAGGAUGAAUCCAGAC